GGGGGUCGUUAUUCUAUGGGGGUCGAAAUACUUCAUUACACCGGCUCAAAGAAGAUCAACAACAACAACAACAACACGACAUUGAGCUUGCAAACUGCCCAAAAAGUCAUAACUGAUAAGUAUUUGAAAGAUGAGAAGUGUUGACCUAAUCAAGCAUACCUUGUUCAGAUGUAGUAUCUGGCAGGCAGGAAAGAUUUUACCAGCUGCAAACCUAAAGUUCUCAACUCAUGCGAAAAGACAGGCUUUGUUCAGCAUAUAUAAUUCAGGCUACAAUGCUCCUAGAACAGACUCUAUGCCUGUGAGUCCAUGUCAGCAUAACAAACACUACUUGUAUUUAGUGUCACAUCGUACAAUGGCUGGACAUUCUCAUUGGGCAAAUAUAAGACAUACGAAAGGGGCGGCUGAUGCCAAGCAUGCUGCGAACGUUCAGAUGUUUGUUAAACUGAUGAAAGGAGCCAUUUCUGAUGGCGGUUCCAACCCAGAGACUAACAGUAAGUUAGCAUCAAUACUAGAAAGAAUGAAGAGUGUUAACAUAGCCAAAGCUGAUAUAAAGAGAUACCUUGAAAAUGCAACAAAGAAAGCUGGUUCAUCACAGACAUUUUACUUUGAAGUGAGAGGUCCUAGGGGAGCAAUAUUUGUGCUUGAAGUUGAGUCAGAAAACUUCAAACUUUCCCGGGACUUGUUAAAUGCAUCAAUGAAGAAAACCAACGGGAAAGUACAAGACAUACCAUCAUUCCAAAGCUUUUUUGAUAUGAAAGGUAUUGUCUCAGUGCCUGUAACAAAGGACAUGCAGGUGUCCAACAUGGAUGAAUACCUGGAAAUAGCUAUAGAAACUGGAGCAGAAGAUGUUAUCUUGACAAAAGAUGAGAAUGGAGAUGGGGAUGAAUACACCCUUAAGUUUCACUGUGAUCCUCAGACAAUGAAAAAGACAGCCAAAGACAUUGAGGAGACAUACAAUCUAGAGUAUUCAACAUGUGAAGUGGAACUCUUUCCUCAUAACUGGGUCACCAUUGACUCCAAGGAUGACAUCGAAGCUUGUACAAAAAUCGCAGACAAACUUCAAAAUCAUCCAGAAUUUGUGAACUUAUUUGAUAAUAUAUCUAUGCCAGACGAUUGAUACAAACAUUUUAGGAAAAUAUUUUAAUUUUUUUUUUCUUGAAGUUUUCUCCAUAUUUUCUAGACUAAUAGAGUGCUUUUAUAUUGAUAUUAAGAACUUCCUAAGAUUUACCCUGUAAAUUGCUUUUUUGUUGUACCAUAAUAACAAACUAAUGAGAGCAUUUUCUAAAUUUAGAAAAUUCUGGCAUAAAUCUUUUUUAAAUAUUGAUUUACAGUUAUUUAAAAUAAAAAGUAAAAAUUAGUGAUACUGUGAUUUUAAGACAAUGUUUAUUAAUGUUUAUUAAUUUAUAAUGCUCUUGUGUACACUGUAAAAUAUUAAAAAUAUUUUUUAAACCUGCUUAAUGUAUGCAUUAUGCAGUAAAAUGUUGAUGAAUAUACAGA